GGAGGAUGAGCAGAUCGUAAUAUCGAAGAGUAGGAAAGCACUGAUAAACCUAGACAAGUAGUGAGUAAAGAGGCCCAAUACAUCCCCGCCAUCGUAAUAAAUCAACCGCCACGGACGAUGAGCAGAUCACCUGAAAACAUGGCGGAAGCUUCUUCGGAUAAUCAAACACAGCUUUCGUUUCUUCCCCAAGACAUCCUUUUCCAGAUUCUGGUACGACUUGGCGCAAGAUCUCGGGGAAAGCUAAGUUGCGUUUCUAAAUGCUUCCGUUCCAUAUUGACCGAUCCAAGCUUCCUCGAGUUUCAGCGAAAUUGGUCGGCGCCCCCUACCCGCGGCACAACCAUUCUCUUCUCUAUUUGGCAUAUGUUUAAAAGGGGUGAUUAUCACCCAAUCGGGUGUCCCAUGACCGAUCCCACUUCCACGCCAGAGCAGUUUUACACCAUAAAUUUUGAAGAAAAUCAGGCGGGAAAGCUCCUUCAAGCAAAACGUGUUAGGCAUCUGGACAGAGGAUGGUUUGGAGACAGAAGAGCUGUGUCUUUUGCAAAAGAUCGAGUAUGUUUCUUCACCCAGCAUUCGGAAUUGAUGGUUUUUGACCUUGCCUCAGGACAACAUACUUCUCUCCCGAAAACUCCCAGCAGCAGAUUUACUUGUGCACUCUUGGGUUAUGAUGGCGUUUCGGGGACAUACAAGGUUUUGAAGGCGGAAAAUAAGUAUUCCUGGGGGGCAGUGACAGUGCCAAUGAAGUACUGGGUGUUCACACUGGGUGUGGAUGAAGAGUGGCGGGAGAUCAAGACCCCUGAAUUGUUUUACCUUGGCGGACGUUUCAUCAAUAGCGUUUGCAUUGACGGCGUGAUCUAUUCCGACAAUGUGCUCUAUGACGGCACGUGGACUACAUUGGGAAGAUGCACUGAGCUGGUGGCAUUUGAUGUCAGGUCGGAGAGUUUCCACCUGAUACCUCUUCCUCCGGCAACACGUGGCGAAGAUGUCAGAAAAUCCUCGUUACUAGAACUCCAUGGGCAGUUUGCUGUCAUUCAUGUCAAUCAGAACAAGCAAAUCAUUGUUUGGACCUUGAAAACGGGAGUGAAAUCGCCAUCUCGCUGGAAGAAGCUUGUUGUCCCCUUUCCAUCAAAUGAAGAGAUUCUGGAGGCAGGCAGUGAAUUCUUUUCCAAGAAUACUUGUAUUACUGCUACUUCAGCCGGAGAUAUUGUAUUGUUAAUGCUGAAUGGAAUACCCUCACUUUGGGUUUUAUCGAAUAAGUUCGGGGUGGGCUCUGUUUGGAAGAAAUUUCGAAUUAAGGGGAUUGCUGAAUGCUCUACGUGUGUUAAAAUAUCAUCUGAAGUACUGGUUGCACAAAACAUUGCAGAGAAUCUCUUUCACUUGGAAUAAGCAAACGCCAUACUAGUCUGAUCUUCUAAGUAUAUUUAAAUCUAAGAAGAGUUCUGUCUUCUUUCACUUUUCGAUACUUUUGGAGUUUUUUUUGAAUGAGUUUUGGCCUGUAUUAGAACAUUUUAGAGUACCAGCGAUGAAUACACGGUGUUUCAGUUCAUGUCCUCUCCCUGCCUUUAGGUUUUGUCUAAUUGUUAUUAUGCUACUUGUUCAAUUCGUAAAGUUCAGUUUUUUAUUGUUGAGUUCUUCUUUUAGCAAUAAGCUUGAUUUUUGCUCCUUAUGUAGUGUUCUUAUGAGGUAAGUAAAUGUUUGGUUCUAUGUUGAGUAAAUGUU